AUGUCCCUGCUCAUCUUCUUCUUCGUUCUCCUGAUCCCAGUGCUCAUUGCCCAUACAACAAACUAUAGAGAGCUGCGAGAUGCUGCGCCCCGAUGUGGCGCCAGUUUUCGCCUUCUGCCACCCCGACGGCGAGUGCUCUCGGGAAUGUUUUCAAAAAGCCUGAAAAAGGGUAAAAACCAAUCUAAAGAAACAGAGACAUCAGUUCCUCCUGCAGAGCCUGUGGCAACUGAUCCUAAAGAUUUAGUCACUAUAGCCAUCCAUGCUGAUCCCAGGUCCAAACAGAAUGCUGUGACAGUUAUGACCACUAAGGCUGUUGGUGUGGUGGUAGGAGCACCUCCUUCUAAGGGAGAUGUAAAUGGAAAACUUCGUAGUUAUCUUUCCAGGGUCUUAGAACUCAGGAACAGUGAUGAGGUUCUGGAUAAGUGUGGUAAGUCUUUGGAAAAGAUGGUUAAGUUAUUGGCCUCUGGCUCCAGAAGAGGUCUUGGAAAAGCUGAAAACAGAAACUUGAAAAAGAAAUAA